AUGCUCUCCACACUCGCGUCAGCGCCCUCGUUUGCACCGAACCAGACGCCACUCUCCUCCGGCCCGUCGUCAACGGCGUCAUACUCGUCGGUUCAAUCGCAGUCCUUCCCUCAAAAUGGGCAACCGCCAGGCUACGUCGCAACCACCCCUCAAGUCCAGCCCAAUGGCCUCCCAGCGUCGGCGAAUAUCGUUACGCCGUUCAGCUCGACCGCGUCCCUCUCCGGCUCCUCGCCGCACCGCACCGAACUCUCCCAGACAAGCUCGUACAGCUCGUCGCCACACAGCGCAGCUGCGCCAUUAGAUCAGUCUCCGCAGAUCAGCGCGUCGCCGUACACCGGUUCGAUGGCGCUUUCGUCAUUUAAUGCCUCGCUCUCCACCUCAAGUUGGUCGCCGAGUGGUAAUCUGGCAACGCAACACCAACCCGGACAAAUCCCCCAGGGGCCUUCCAACUCCCACCAAGCACAAGGCACGGUUACCCAACAGCAGGCCUACGGAGUAUUUUCGGAACAGUCGCACAAGUCAAGCCCGGUGUCUGGACCCUACCAGACCAAAGCUAGCAAGGCGACGCGGGUACAGACUCUCGCGCCCGCUGCUGCCGCGCGGGUCCAGGACAUAGCGCGCCGCUGCGCGAUUGCGGCCAAGGCGACGCGGACGACUGAGCGAGCUGCGUCGAACACGUCCCGGAGCACUGGUACGGGGUCCAGUGGGUCGCCGGGCGACCAUCGCCGCGCGUCGGUGAGCGAUGCCAGUGGGACCGUCAGUCUGGUCCCACCAUUUAGUGAACUUUCACCGCACGGCAGCGGCAGUACCGAUAUGCCCCCGCCGCCAGUGCCGCGGCAAGGACAGAUGGGCAUCCCUUCCACUUCGUUCCCUGCCCAGCAGAUGAACGUGAAUGGCAAAGUUCCCACGGAUGCACAGAGCUACGCGGCGUUUGUGCCCAAAGCGCCGGGGCAGUCCCAGCAGACUCUCGGACCACCGGCCCAGCCGUGGUCUUGGCCGCCGUCCGCGCCGAUUUGA